AUAACAGAAAAGAAAGAAACUAGCGAGAGAGUAGCAAGAGUUUUAGAUAGAGAAACUACAGUAAAGAGGAGAGAGAGAGAGAGAUUCUCUCAAUCAGUUCAGGAGAGAGAGAGAGAGACAUAUGGUUCCAGAACUGUUCCAUCCAUUAUUUCAUUUUGAUUUGGUUGAAAUUCAUUUCAAUAGUUUGAUUUCGAUCAUCUCGAAGCGAAUAUGGUGAAUUCUAUGGUGGAACGAGCCACGACCGAUUUGCUCAUCGGUCCAGAUUGGGCAUUGAACAUCGAGAUAUGCGACAUUUUGAAUCAUGAUCCUUCGCAAUCAAAGGAUGUUGUAAAAGGCAUAAAAAAGCGCCUUGGAACCAAGAAUCCGAAAGUUCAACUUCUUGCCUUGACAUUAUUGGAGACAAUAAUAAAGAAUUGUGGGGACCUUAUCCACAUGCAUGUCGCAGAGAAAGAUGUGCUUUAUGACAUGGUGAAAAUAGCGAAGAAGAAGCCUGAUUUUCAUGUGAAAGAGAAGAUAUUGAUUCUAAUUGAUUCUUGGCAAGAAGCCUUUGGUGGGUCUAGGGCUAGAUAUCCACAAUACUAUUCCGCAUACCAGGAGUUGUUGCGGGCUGGGGCAGUAUUCCCUCCGAGAACUGAAAGGUCUGCACCUGUAUUUACACCCCCACAAUCACAGCCUCUAACAUCAUAUCCACAUAAUAUUCGGGCUCGAGAAUAUCAGCAAGAAGCGGCUGAAUCUUCUGCAGAGGCUGAGUUUCCAACGUUGAGCUUGACAGAAAUUCAGAAUGCACGAGGUAUUAUGGAUGUUCUUUCAGAAAUGUUGAAUGCAAUAGAUCCGGGGAACAAAGAGGGGAUUAGGCAGGAGGUUGUUGUUGACUUGGUGGAUCAAUGCCGCACAUACAAGCAAAGAGUGGUACACCUUGUUAACUCGACUUCGGACGAAUCACUGCUAUGUCAAGGACUUGCACUGAAUGACGAUUUGCAGCGACUACUAGCCAAACAUGAAUCCAUUGUCUCAGGAAUUUCUGCCAAAACAGAGAAACCGAAGCCUGAACCUGUUCAAGCACUGGUGAAUCUGGAUGCUCCUCUAAUUUACACAGGAGACAGUAAACAUUCUGAUGGGGGAUCCACCUCCAAUGCUGGUGCAGGGAAACAGCAGCAGCUUCCUGCCACUAAUGGUCUGCCAACAAUUUCAACAAAGGUUAAUCCCAAAAUGGACCUUCUGAGUGGAGAUGACUUCAACUCGCCUUCGGCAGAGAAUUCGCUAGCUAUUGUUCCUUUGGGAGAACCCCAGACCAGUCCUGUAGCUGGUCAGCACAAUGCCCUCGCUCUUGUAGACAUGUUUUCUCAAAUUAACAAUAAUCAACCUGCUUCUCCAGUUGGACGAGCAUACCCCUCAUCGCCACAAUAUCAGCAGCAUCAGAAUUUUCAGUAUCCACAAACCUCAGUUUACCCCAACGGAAUUGUCCCAAACAUGAUGGUACCUCAGUAUGAGCAGUCACCAUACUCACAAGGUGCUAAUCCUGCCUGGAAUGGACAGAUGUCCCCACGUCAGCAGCCACCUUCGCCGGACUAUGGUGCUCAGAGCGGUAGUUCACUGCCACCACCCCCGUGGGAAGUUCAGCCAUCAGACAAUAGUCCUCCACCAAUGCAGGUUACUCAGGUGGUUGUCACACACUCCCAACCAGUUCCAAGUGGCAUGCAUCAAGGUAACGAUCAGUUGGUGGGCAUGUAUAUUCAGCCAAUCACAACCGGUCAUCUGUCAGCAAUCAAUAACCAGGUUAUUCAGAGCAAUCAGCUGGUUGGAGGACACCAGCCAAUGGGUGUGUAUCCGCAGCAAAUGCAAUCUGGGCUGCCUGCUUUAAUGUAUCCUCAACAGAUGUAUAACAACCAAAUGGCGGGGUAUGGGUAUGGAUACGGUCAGCAACAAAACGCUCAGUUCCUUGACCAGAGAAUGUCAGGGCUGUCUGUUACGGACGAUGGUGUCUUGAGAGAUUCUUCUUACCAGACAUCCACUCCAUCCUACGUUCUGCCUGGAAGGCCCACAAAGCCAGAGGAUAAGCUAUUUGGAGACCUUGUUGACAUUGCAAAAAUUAAGCCGACGACAAAAACUACUCCUGGCAGAGCUGGUAGCAUGUGAAAAUAAUGACCCGUGGAUUUGCAUUUUGCGACCCCUAUCUUUCUGUUUGCUUAACUUGUUUUAUUUUAUUCAUAUAUUUAUUUUAACAUUUCACUAUUACGCACAUUCUUUAUCUUUGCCCCUAUAAUUGAGUUGCUUGUUUUAAUUGGAUUGUG